AUGAUUCUUGCCAAUGACCAUGAAAGAAGUCCAGACUAUGUCUCCAUUGACGAGAUUCGCAUCAAGAAGACUCAGAAUGGAGCUCCGAAGAAUAGAGUUUCAUUGCUCUUUGGGGAGCACAGCCGGGAGCUGAUUGGUCCAGAGACAGGGCUUAUGCUCCUGAAAAUGCUGUGCGGAGAGAUAGAAGAAAAGUUAUUAGACGAAGCGCUGAAAGAUUCCGAGUUUCAGCUGAUCCUCAAUGCCAAUCCGGUUUCUCGAGCUCGUGUGGAAGCAGGGGAAUAUUGUUUACGUGAAAACCCCCACGGCGUGGACUUGAAUCGCAACUGGGAUGAGAAAUGGAACUUGGGCUCUACAGCUUCCAGCGACAACCAAUUCCAUGGUCAGCGACCUUUCAGUGAGCCCGAAACGCAGCUGGUUCGGGACCUGAUCACUGGCUUUCAGCCGACCACUUUUCUCUCAGUGCACAGCGGCACCCUGGGUAUGUACAUGCCUUGGGCUUAUGACAGUCAGCACCUGGCAAAGCGGAACCGCGGCCCCAUGCUCUCUGUCUUGGAGGAAUUAGAUUCAAGUCAUUGCAAGUGUCCCUUCGGGGCAGCUGGAAAGGAGGUCGGCUACGACUGCCCUGGCACCAGCUUUGAUUGGGUGUACGACCACCUAAAGGCACCGUUCUCCUUUGCUUGGGAGAUCUAUGCGGACCCCCUUGAGAGGGAGGGCUUGAGGAGGAGGUGGGAAGAGAAGGUUGCCAGCAUGCAGACCUCUGAGCAUCCAAGCAACUCAGUCGCCUUUCACAGUGAACUCAAUCGACUUUGUCUCGACACAGGGAACUGA